CCCAUCUCGCGCAGCAGCCCAGGGUUGCAGUGGCAGCUUUGAGCUGAAUUUUGAGAGGUUGAAGUGGGAACGCGGGACCGCAAGAAUCAGAAUAACUCACAACAUCAAGAGUCAUCAAAGACAGGAUGGAGGAGAACGAUCAAGGGGCCCAAAGGCCAGACUUCAUCCCAGAAGUUGGCGAAGAAGCAGUGGAUGCAGCACCAUGUUCACCCUGCACUGUCCUAACUGAGCAGGAGCAGGCAGAGCUCCACAGUGAACUACAAAAGGUGGAAGAUGAAAUCCAGACUCUUUCCCAGGUGCUGGCGGCCAAGGAGAAGCAGGUGGCGGAGAUCAAGCGGAAGCUGGGCAUCACUCCACUCAACGAGCUCAAACAAAACCUGAGCAAGGGCUGGCAUGAUGUCACCACCUCCACUGCGUAUAAGAAGACCUCAGAGACCUUGUCCCAAGUGGGUCAAAAGGCGACGACAGCAUUUUCCAGCGUAGGCACAGCCAUCACCAGAAAGCUGGAGGAUGUGAGAUUACAGUCAUUUUCCAAUUCUUUUGGGAACACACCCUCCUUCAAGUCAUUUGAGGAGAAAGUGGAAACCUUAAAGACUAAGAUGAGCCCUAAACCAUCGACAAGCGAUAUUGAAGAGGUUUCAGACUCCACACCUGACGGAGAACCCAUGAUCAAACAACCAGAUGACACAUUUUCACCAGACCAGCAACCGCACUGAGAAUCAGCCCUCAAACGCUCCUCUUUUUCCACUUUUCAUUUGGUACUUCAGCAUAGUCGCAGUGAGUUUUGCUUCUGUAUAACUGGAGCCUCAAUGAUCUCCAGAUGGGACGGGGUAGUCCUACACUGGAACAGACACGUCAAAAUGUCAUUACUGUAAGAGCAUGUUAUUAGUUCAGGUCUGAUCCAUAACUUCAAGGUGCCAUUGAAUUAGCCCAAAUAAAAAGACUUCAAAUGUCUGUUUGUUUAUUUUUUUUAAGAAUGUAUCCAGAAUUCAUCAUAUAAUAUAGAACUCAAUUAGAGCUAUUUGUGUACAUUUUCUGUAUCACAUCCAAAUAAUUAAAAAUGCUAAUUAAAUUAACCAGAUUUUUGUUUUGUUAGUGUGUAUAUACUGUAGGUAUUUUCAUAUUUUAAAAACAGAUGCCAAAAAGUAUGUAGUUCAAAAUAUAAGUACGCUGUAAAAAAUAUCUGUUAAUUAACAGCUUCCGUAUUUCAUUAUUUGGAAUUUGUUUUUGGGUUUUUUUAUGAAAGAAGAUGAUUUUUGAAAGCUGGCAACUUUAAAUGAGUUAUUUAUUAAUUAAAUAAUUUGUUUGAUUGAUUUGAAUAAUAUAUUUUUAAUGAACAUAAUUUGAGAAUUAAAAUGAAUGGAAUAUAUUAUUAUAUAUUAAUGUUAUAACUCAUAAAUGCCCAAAAACAUAUUUCUGAUAUACCAUCAAAACUACAAGAAUAAUACUUUUUUCUUUUACUAUAACUAUUACUAAAGUUUUUAAAUUAAAUUAACUUUGAAGACUCUUUACUUUCAUAUGAAAAAAGUUAUUUAUUUUAUCAUACUGCGAUGGUCUAGCAACAAAAUUAAUGUUUCUUUUUAAUGAAAGAUUAUUACAUACCCUUAAGAGGAUUAGUCAAUUGCUUUAAUGUAUGAAAGAACUACAGUUUUGUGAAACAUUGCAAAUGGUUAUGGUUAUGAAUUGCAUUAUGAAUACUCUAUUGACUUUUGAUGAUAAAUUGAACUGUGCAGUUUAACAAAGUGACUAUUACUAACGUUUUAGUCAUUUGAAACAAUAUAUUGUAUAAGAAUUAAUAUAUAGAGAGAAUUACGUCUGUAAUGACAGAAAAAGUACUGGCAGUUUCUAUCACAUUUUUGUAUCGUAAUAUACGACAAAAAUACAAACAAUUUAUCACAUUAAACUACUAAAAAUGUCAAUAAAAGUCACUUUUUUAAUCUUUUAAACUUUAAAAGUUGUUGAAGGAAAUAUCAAGCUCCCACAAUGCAAUUAAUAAGCAUGAAUAAAUAAUAAUUCUAAUCUUCUAUUGUCAAAUUUUGGUGAGUCUGUGCGAAUUGUAGUCUCAGUUUCUUGUUCUUGGCUGACAGGAGUGGCACCCUGUGUGGUCAUCUGCUGCUGUACCGGACGUCAAAACAAGAUGUAUGGGGUGUCAACCCUUUAAUAUGGAGAAGUAGUUUACUGUGAUAAGUAUUUUAAAUAUUAAUGUUAUUAAUUAAAAUAAAAGGUUAUAUAUAUAUAUAUAUAUAUAUAUAUAUAUAUAUAUAUAUAUAUAAAACCACCCUAUAGCAUAUCAUACCAUUGUGAAUGCAUAAUCGCGCCAAUCAGUCCAUGCGAGAAAUUUUUUAUUUUACAGUGGAUAAAAAAAACGUGAAUCACAAAAUAUGGAAAACUGUUCACAGAGAUUCACAGAGAUUUUUACAGUGUAUAAGACAUGUAUUGUUAGCAUUAAUUGCUUUAAUACAAAAACAAGAUCAAGCUGUAGUGAUGUUACACUAUUAUAUUAUUUUCUAUACUAUUUUUGAGAGUUUUGUGUCAAAAUGAGCAUGUAACAUGCUUUGUGACUAUAUUUCUCUUGUAUUUCUGUAGUAUUAUUAGGUCAGCCGCACUACUGAGAUCCCAGUGCCUUGUGUUGCUAAAGCUGGGAAGGUUUAAUCUUAUUUUAGGAGCAUAUUGGAUGCUUUUUUGAAGAGAUUUAGCCACUGCUGUAGUUCGUAUAACAGGAUAUAUUAUAACGGGAAUUCACAAUAUAGUCUACUAGACAUUUUAAACCAUAACGCUGCCAAAAAGCUAGUGUACAUGUCAAAUCAUUAGCUUUAGAUCCAGCGCAACUACUGUUUAAUUCUAAUUCUAGUAUUGUUUGUGUAACUCAUGGAUCCACUUCCGCUGUUGUGCUUUCUUUGAAUAUUUUAAAUACAUAAUCGAUGCUGUAUGUUAAAUGAACUUAUAUUUUUUAUUGAUAUUAGCAGAGUUUAUUACCUGUAGAUACACAUUUAUGAUACAGUAAUGGUUGCUAAACUUAUAAUAAAAGGGCGCAGGGGCUUCUGCACAUGCUAAUGUAUUAAUAUUCAGCACUUAUUUUGACUUUGAUAAAUAUGUAUUAUGCUUGCUGCAAAGCUGUUGCAAGAAAUAUGAUUAGAUCCAUUUAUAAAGGAAUAGUUAGGGGUAUAUAAAAUAAGUAAUACUAAUAUAAAGAUUAUUGAAUGUGUUUAAAACAAUAUUUUCUCUGUGUUUUUAUGUUGUGGCUUAUUAGAUGGAGGGUGUGCAUCUCCAGUGGGACCAAAAAUAAUGUUGUUUUGUCUACUUGAUAUAUUGUCAUUGUAGCUUAAGUGUUGUGUUUUCUCACAUCAUCUUUUGAUUAAAUGUCUCUUCUGGGCUGUUGAGUUGGUUUUCAGUUGCAGUGGUUGAAUCUGCUGUUAUGUUUGUUCAUUAUUAGCAUCCUGAAAACUAGAAAUGCUGACCUUUUGUUCCGUUGUGUGUCCAAUGCCUAAUAAAGCACAUCACAUUA